AAGCCUCUAUUUUGUGGCACUGCCCGAUUCUUCAUUCAACUCACUGCACUCACCACUUCAUUUGCUAUCAUGACAUCUGUUCGAUAUUCACAAUCACAAACUGGGGGUCCUUCAGUGUCAUAUCGAAAAUCUGUGCAAAGCUUUGGUGGUGGUGGUGGUGGAGGUGGUAGUGGUGUAGGAGGUAGAGUGGGGUUUGGUGGUGGAAUCUCAGAUGGUGGUGGUUAUGGAGUAAUAAUGAAUGGAUCAGGGUUUGGUUUUGGAGAUGGCCAAUGCUUUGAAAAUAGUUAUGGAGGUGGUGGGGAAUUUAGCAAUGCCUAUGCAGCUGGAAGUGGUGGAGGUUUUGGUGGCGGUUAUGGUGGAGGUUUUGGAGGAGGUGGUGCAGGCUACGGAGCAGGUGGUGGGUCCGGAGGUGGUUUCGGAGUUGGUUUCGGAGGUGGUGGAGGUGGUGGAGGCCUUCUUGAUACGACUGAAAAGCAGACCAUGCAGAACCUUAACAACCGCUUAGCUAAUUAUCUGGAUAAGGUUAAAUCUUUGGAAGAAGAAAAUUCUGACUUAGAACGUAAAAUUAGAGAGUUUUAUGAGAAUCUUCACCCAGGGUCAUCUUCUGGGGUAGGAAAACCUGACUAUAGCAAAUAUGAAGAACAAAUAGAAGACCUGAGGGAAAAGAUAUUGAAUGCAACAUUAGAAAAUGCCAGGCUUCUUUUGCAAAUUGACAAUUCCAGGCUGGCAGCUGAUGAUUUCAGGCUGAAAUAUGAAAAUGAGUUGAACCUCCGCCAGAGCGUGGAAGCCGACACCAACGGUCUACGCAGAGUCCUGGAUGAUCUGACCAUGGCUAAAUCUGACCUAGAGGUGCAGAUAGAAAGUCUAACAGAAGAAUUGAUCUAUCUGAAGAAGAACCACAAUGAGGAGAUGGGUUCUCUCGUGGGAGGACAAGCUGGCCAGGUUACUGUUGAAAUGAAUGCAGCUCCAGGUAUUGAUCUGACAAAAUUACUCAACAAUAUGAGGGAACAAUAUGAGCGUCUGGCUGAAAAAAACAGAAAAGAAGUCGAAGAGCAAUUUCUUGAACAGAGCAAAAAACUAAAGCAGGAGAUAUCAGUGGGAGUGCAACAAGUGCAGUCGAGCAAUACAGAAAUCACUGAUCUUAGACGUUCUCUUCAGGCGCUGGAGAUCGAGUUGCAAUCACAACUGGCCAUGAAAAACUCUCUGGAAUCUACAUUGGCAGAAACAGAGGGUCGUUAUUGUGCCCAGAUAAGCAAAUUACAAGAUUUAAUCUCUAGCGUGGAGAUGCAGCUGUCCCAGCUCAGAGACGAUAUGGAACAACAGCGUGACGAAUACAAUCGUCUUUUGGAUAUCAAAACCAGAUUAGAGAAGGAAAUUGAGACAUACCGUAAACUUCUAGAAGGAGAAGCAAGCUCAAUUUCAGCAGGAGGAUACACAGAUUCAUCUAGAGAUUCAAGCAAGAAGUUGUUGAUAAAAACUAUCGUUGAAGAGAAAGAUGGGCAAGUUGUGUCCUCCACAACUAAGGAAAUGGAGCACAGAUAUUAAGAAAAACUAUUAAGAACCUGCAAGGUCCUUUUCCAAAAAAAAAUCAUACCCACAUAUAUCAUUCUUUAUGAUACUUUACUGACAAUACUAUUUCUGUGUUUCAAUAAACUCUAUCAAGCAUGGUGUAA